CAGAGUCACAACAGAGUCACAACAGAUAACGAGGAACGACGAGCCCGCCGUUCUAUAGUUAUUAGUUUUGACUUUUGUUGGCUGACUGGGCACCGCAGAUCGGAUAUAAUAUUAAUAAUAAACUUAGUAAUAGGUAAUAAGUACCUAUAAAAAAUAAAUAAUAAUCUACAUCCGUGCCUGGACUACCACCGCCGCCGUCCACUGACCACCGACGUCCAGUCGUCGAGACUCCAGAGCCGUUCGCACUUUUGCAGUGGCCGUCGUCGUCGGUUUGUUUUUAUUGAAACAUAAAAGUUACCAUUUAUCAUGUCAACUCCUGCCAGACGUAGACUGAUGCGAGACUUUAAAAAAUUACAAGAAGAUCCGCCUGCAGGUAUCAGUGGCACACCCACUGAUAACAAUAUCAUGCUGUGGAAAGCUGUGAUAUUUGGACCACAUGAUACUCCAUUUGAAGAUGGCACAUUUAAAUUGACAAUAGAAUUUACUGAAGAAUAUCCUAACAAGCCGCCAACAGUUAGAUUUGUUUCAAAAAUGUUUCAUCCAAAUGUCUAUGCAGAUGGAGGCAUUUGUCUUGAUAUAUUACAGAACCGCUGGAGUCCUACUUAUGAUGUAGCUGCUAUUUUGACAUCCAUUCAAUCACUUCUUAGUGAUCCUAAUCCUAAUUCACCAGCUAAUUCUAUGGCUGCCCAAUUGUAUAAGGAGAAUCGCAGAGAGUAUGAGAAACGAGUGAAGAUGUGUGUGGAGCAAAGUUUUAUUGAUUAGAAAGCUAAUUAUUAUUUUUAAACAUACUUUAAAAAAAUAGCUGUCUGUGUGUUACUAGUUCUUUUAAACUUAAUGAUUGAAUUUUUACCAUGGUUAUUACUAUUAUUCCAGUGUAAUGAAAGAAUAAUUUCAUGUGAAAUUUUUUUUUUUUUUUGCAUAAAUGUAUGUUUAUUGAAUUAUUUUAUUUAGUGGUAUAUAUUAUUUAAAUAUAUUGACGCAAGUGAAAUAUAAUUAUUGUAACUAAUUUAAAUGUUUUGUAAUGUUUAACUUUAUAAUCUUAAUUCAUAUUCCAAAAACGUUUUUUUAUCUAUAUGUUAUUUUACAUUUUUGAAUUUAUAUGUUUUUCCCAUUUACUUUUAUAAGUUAAUAGUUAGCUUUAUAUCAAAAUGUAUUUAUGUACUUUUUUUGCUUAUAUUAUUGUGAAAUGUAUUAUUAAUUAUUUUUUUUAUCCAUUAUAUAAUUAUUGAUCACAUGACCGAGUUAGAUGCAUUAUAUUCACUAUCAUGUAAACAGUUUGAGCAGUUAUUUAAUUUAAUUAAUUUAAUUAUAUUACAAAGAUUAAAAAAUAAAAUCAAAACUUGUUUUGUGGUAUUACGUACAUUUUAAUAAUCAAAUAAGUACUUGAGUUAAUAAAUUUAAUAUUAAAAAUAAUACUGAAAUAGCUCAUUAUAUUAUAAUAUUGUUUUUAAAUAUCUGAAAAGUUAAUGUAUUUUAAUGAAUAUUUAUACAUUGUAAAAGUUCUUUGUUAGAAGUUUAUAUUGUAAAUAAACUUAUAAACAUAAUGUAUAGUUAAAUAUCCCAAAUAUAGAACCUCACAAUGUACAUAAUAGUUUGUAUUGUCAUGUUAGAGUCAAAUACGCUGACUAUUUACUCUGAUUAUGUAAUAUUAAAUGUUAGUCUAAAAUAUAAGGCUUAGACACAUUUAGUUGUACUAUUGUACCUAUUUGUGUAAUUUAGAGAACCUAAACUUUUUGUGGUAUUAACUAUGAAUUAAAUUAAUGUAAAAAAUGUACAAACAGCUUUAAUGCUGUAUUUUAUAAGUAAAAUUGUACAAAUUACUUUGUAGGAAUAUACGUACGGAUAUACGGUUUAUAUCUAAUUGGUUAUAUGAUAUUUUUUAAAUUACUAAUUUGUAAUGAUUAGGGACUAUAUUUUUAUGCAAAACAUAUUGUAAAAUAUGCACUAAUUUACACAUACCGCAUUGUAAAAACUGCAUAUUAUGUUUAUUUUAUGCCUAAAAAUAUUUGGAAUAUGGUAUAAUUGUUUUAAGAUGUAGGUACAUGUCAACUAUUUUUAAUUAUGUUUAAUUAAUUUAGUAUUGUACAAUAAAUAUUAAGAAGAUAAUACAUUUUCCAUCUGAUCUAAAUGAAAUAGCUUAAUAGCUUGAACAAACAAUUAAUCAAAUUGAACAAAAUUUUAAUAAUUUUGUAUUAAUACAAUUCUUAUUGUUAUAUUAUCAUUGUGUGUUACUAAAAUAUUCAACUUUUAUACAAUUGCCUAGAAAUAUGUAACUUAUAUUAAUUUUUAAUCAAAUAAUUCAAUAUAUAGGUAGGUACUUACUAUAGAAUCUACGUAAAAAAAUUAUUUUCACCUAGUUAUUAAAAAUACUACCCACUAGACAACUAAAAUAUUUCACUGCUCGACAAUUGUCGCCUAAUUUACUAGUUAAAAUGUUCACUGAUUAGAAACCAUAAGUAUAUUACAUUCACGAGGCUACGACUUACCUACCUUGCAAUUCAAGACGUACCUACCUAUUAACGUGUUCACUUUUAUAAUGUAUGUUAAUAGUAAAUUUAAUAUUGAACUCCAAUAACCAAAUUUCAAAGACUGCUAACAGAAUAGAAGCGGUAUCUUUAGUCUUUACUCUUUAGUCUUUAGGUAGUUGUAGUAAGUACCAAGUUCACUCUUGCCGUAUUGUUCUGUCUAGAGUCUAAACUAAGUAGUGAGUAAACUAAUGCAAUAUUUGUUGUAAUAUUUAAUUUUUAUGGCAGGGAAAUAUAUUACUUUGAAGUUUGAAUGAGGUAAUUUUGGCCAGUACCUACAAAUGUUUAAUAUUUAGUUAUUUGCACAAAUAGCGGAAUAUUUGGUAAUACAUUUUAGGAAAAAAUUUGCAAUUAAAAAAAAAAAAAACAAAA